AUGGACUACUACUACCGCCGGCUGAUGGGCAACGGCGCCGUGACGUCGAAGUUCAGGAUAGCUCCACAGGGCGACGAUAAACCCAGGGUUUCGCUGCCCAAGAUUGUCCCGUUGGAGAAUGGCGCUACUCAUCAUCCGUCCAACUGUACGAGGUGCUAUAGACUCAAGAAGAAGUGCUCGAGAACGUACCCGAAAUGCUUGUAUUGCUUGAAAGCAGGGUCUGAGUGUGAAUAUGUGGAUAGAAGAGGCAAGAAGGCUUGCUUGUGGAAACCAGAUGAUGACCUGACGGUUCCGGCAAGUGUACCUGUUCUGCCUGUUUCACAUCCCAAAUCGGUGUCUAUAGCGUCGUUGGUGCAUUCGGAAGAAACAGAACAACCGUUUCAGAAUAUCGAUCUUCCGCCGACGAAGAAACUGGCGUCGAAAAGCGCUGUGGCGAAGAAAAUCAAUAAUAGGGCUAUUGCUAGACACGCUACGCUGGCGCCGCCAAACUUGCUGGACGAGUUUUUGGUGGUGAAACCGAUUGCCGACCAGCUGCUCCCGCUGGCGUUUACUAGGGCGUAUUUCGCUAGUUAUUCCUGGCGGUACCCGGUGGUGAAUAAGCUGAAGUUUGAGGAAUCGUUUAUUUCGAUCUCGUUUGCUACAGAAACGUUGGUUUCUUUGGAAGUGUACUUGGUGAUGGCUGUGGGAUGUAUUGUGUACGAUUGCAACAACGGCACGUCCCAUUAUAAUCGGAUUUUCAGCGAUAAGUUGAUUGAGUCGAUUAUUGAUAUCAUUACUUAUGAUCCGGAGAUUGACACGCAGUCAGCGACGCUUUUGGUGCUCCUUUGCAUCUACGCCGUCAACGCCAGCAACAUAGACUUGGCCUGGAGUAUCUUGGGCUACCUCAACCGAAGCAUCAUCUAUAAAACAGACUUCGUGGGUACGUCCAGAACCGGUUUCUCGAAUAACAUCUUCUGGGCUGUUCACAAUCUCGACAGAGAACUCAGUUUAAUGCUAAACAAGCCCAGCCAGUUUGUGCCUGUUGCCAUUAUCAAACAAAACGCAGACUUUUCAUAUCUCGAAAGUGAUGCUAAUCUAGCUGCGCUCAUGACCAAAGCCGUGGAACUCCAUAAACUACAAGACCGUGUCUUGUCGCUUAAGCUUGGUCUACAGGAAAAUACCAAAGAUACGCUUCGACAGUUGUCGUCAGAUUUGGAAUCAUGGAGGGUUUCAGUGCUGCUGGUUGUCCAUAACGAGUACUCAGAACUGCCUUUGCUCACCAGAGUCAUUGGCGUGGUUCAUUUGGACUACUACUACUUGCUUAUUGAGAUUGACCAGCUUUCAUCUACAGAAUCUUUCCAGUUCACCCUCCAGUUCCUUUCGAACUCGUUCAGUUUGCUUCUUAAUGAACUGUCAAACAAGGAUGUUUCGGGAAUCUCGCUCUACCUGUUCUUCUGGUUCCUGAAGUUCUUCAAGGUGAUUGACUAUAACUUGCUGUCGCUUCUUAAAACACUCAAGAAUGAAAACCUCCCCAGAAGCGAUGUCAAUCACCGUAUUGGAGACUUUAACGGUAACUUACAGCUUAUUGUCAACCUCCUCAAGUACUUGCUUAAUAGCUCCCAGAGCCCCGCACAGUACAAAGGCAAGAUGACCAGCUGGGUGACGAGAUUGACGCUUCUUAAUAUCAAGCUCAUGGGAAGCAACAUAUUGAGCGUGGACGACGAACAGUACAAGGCGUUGGUGGCCAACGUCGAUGGAAUCCUCAACGAUGAAUAA